AUGAAUGCUGUACAGAUUGACCAAUUCGGCGAUGAAAGUGUCAUGAAAUUUAGAACUGGUGUUGAAAAACCCAAAAUUGUUAAGGAAAUUCAGGUCCUUAUUAGAGUAAAGUCCGCCGGGGUCAAUCCCCAUGAGGCUUCUAUCCGAUGUGGAGAUUACGGUCCGAGAACUUUUCCUUACACUCUUGGUAUGGACUUCGCCGGUAUUGUUGAAGACGUGGGCAGUGCAGUGAAGGACUUUGAGAUCGGUGACCGCGUUUACUCAACUCUAUCUGGAUGUGGUGCAUAUGCAGAUUACCAAGUGAACGAGGAUCACAAUGUGUUCCACCUCCCAUCACAGCUGACUUUCCAAGAAGGUGCCGGUAUUGGUUGUGUAUAUUUCACUGCCUUUAGAUCUUUGUUCCACAU